UCUAUAACAGGCGCACAAAGUGUAAUGGCAUCACCAACUAUUUUCUGUGGGAAGGAAAAUAAAAACGAUGAACAUGACCAAGGUCAGAUGAACUUUGAAGAAGUUAAUCCUAUCUUAACGGCAUGGGCAUCAGAAUAUGUGUCACCAAGACGCAAAUUUGUAGCUUGCCUUUCGGAUCCUUGUAAGAAUGGUGGCAUCCGAGAAGAAGAAGGGGGCAUUCAGAGAUGUCGGUGCCCAAAGUAUUAUGCAGGAAAAUACUGCCAAUAUUGUAGUUUCUUUUUACCAUAUCAAUCCGCACUGGAUACAAACAUAAUACCAUACUCAAACGAUCGGACUGGCUUGAAGUUGAGAACACGCGGGAUUGGGCAUACUCUUGCGUUUGUUGGUAAGGCCAACAGUAAAGGUGUCAUGAUCAUUUUUGAUUUCUGCGUUGGAUCCUCGCAAGUUAUGUCGACCCAACAAACUCGUGGUGAAGUAUCGUCCAGUGUCCUUGGUCCAGUGCUGGGCCAGCUUCACUGCGGACCAUCUGGGUACGAUUCGUUCUGGCUUGACCACUCGGAGGGAAACUUUGCAGUGGGACUUCAGGGGAAUUCAACCCCUUUUAUCAAGUUUCGUCCAGAAGUGCAAGUGAAGAUUAACAGCAUUGGCUUGAGAGUGAGACGUGCUUCGGGUGCGGACUGGAUGAUUGAUCAACCAUGUGGCGGUUGGAUAAGGUCUUAA